UGAACCACCGUUGCCUAUGGCAACGGCGUCACGAUCCAAAAUGGCGGACGUAGCUGAAAACCCGCCUGCUUUGGAUGCCAAUCUCGACCAAGAACAAUUAUAUUUCAACGAUUCCUGUCACAUUGAUACUCCGGUGACAGGAAAAACGAUAUUUUCCGGCUCAUCCAAAGAAGAUGUGGAGUAUGCGAAGGUCUUCUGGAAGUCGAUAACUCUACAACCACCGAUGGAAUCUCGGCUUGUUUCCGGGGACACACGACAGCGCCUGAAAGUUGCCAGCGCUUCGUUCCAGCCCAAAAACUUUGCCCAUGAGCCAGUACCAGACUCACCUCGGUUAACUCGGUUUUUAGAGGAGGCACACAGACAGGAACAUGCAGAGGAAACAGAGAAACGGAGACAGCUGAAUAUGAAGAAGGAACAGCAGCAGUUACUUCUUCAGAAACAGAGGGAAGAAAGAAUGCAGAGAGAAGAAAUAUUGAGAGGUCACAAACCAAGGCAGAGAACAGAGCUCAUACAACUACCUACCAGUAGUGAUGAGGAACAAGAAGAGGACCCCAUGUUGGAACUGGAGAAAUUUGAACAGUCAAAAGGCCUCCAGGACAUUGAUUCUGACUAAUAUGUAUUGGAAACAUUUUGAAUUUUUAGGCAUUAGAGUGAUUUUUUUGCUUUGUGCUUAAAACUAGGGUAGGUCCAUUUGUAUGCCUGUUUAUCUGUUGCUAUGCAGCUUCUAUUGUGAAUUCAUUACACUUUUUAGCUGAUUAGAUUGUACAAAAUAUUUGGUCAUACAAUUCUAUUUAUUUUGGAACAAAUUAGCUACAAAUGUGUUGUAGCAAUUUGCAUUACUAGAGUUUAUUACUGUUAUAAUUUGAUUGUAAUUACAUCAAUAGUUCCAGUAGCAUUCAUGACUCCCUAUCCAAUGAGUGUUAUUAUCAACAUCAUAAUGUUGGUUAGGUACAACCGUUAGGUUGCUACAUUUGAAUGAUAACACUAAGGCUUGUUCAAUUGUAGAGAAACAGUUUUUUUUUUAUUGUCACAGCAUUUUUAAAAUUGAUGGAUACAAUUCAAUAUAAUCUUUUCUUACAUUUUCUGAAAUAUAUUAUCAAUUGUGGCAACCAAUGUGAAAGACCAUUUUGUCCCUUUUGCACUUUGAACUGACUGCAACAUUAAUUUGUGUCUUCAAAUACUGGUCACAUACAUGUACAAUAUCAUGACAGUUUAAUACAUUUUAACAUCAAUAUAGAGCAUCAGCUAUAAGUCACAAAAUUCUCACUGUCAAACCAUUCAAUGGUAUACAAGACAUUCUUAAUACAUGUAGUUCAUUUUUAAA